CAAGUAUGUCACAGCGACAGCAGGUUAGGAAUGGGUCAAACUACACAUCGAGCUACCGGGACUUCGAAAUGAGCUGACAGAAGUCAAUGCGAAUUACACAAUCUAGCGCAAAGUAUGUAAAUUAUUGAAAGUUUGAAGGCGGCGUUUACUUUAGUAUGCGGUACGACGUACAUAGCGGGUGUGAGUUGACCUAAUGUCGAAGUAUUUGGUCCAACUCAUUGUGUCUGGUGCUAGAGUCUUAGGCCGUGCAUUCGCCCAAGCUGUUAAAGAGGAGUAUGCGUCGAGUCAAAGGGCGGCUAGUGCCCGUCGUUCAAAUGCAUCUACAGAUAACUCAAAUACCUACGUCCAGAACGCUGGCAUGUCGUUAGAAGAAGCCAAACAAAUACUCAACAUAAAAGAUAUUCAUGAUAAGGAUACUCUGAAUAAACAUUACGAGCAUCUUUUUUCUUCGAAUGCCAAAGAAAACGGUGGUACACUUUACCUACAAUCAAAGGUGUUUCGAGCAAAGGAACGUAUUGAUGAAGAAAUACAGUUUGAACAAUCUGAACGGCGGCAAAAGUCAAACAAUAGAGACAAUCACACUGGAACUUGAAAUUAUUUUGAAAAGAAAAAAAACCCUUUCAUAAGAUAUUUUUAGUGUAAAUUUACAGAUCACUCACGAUCUCAUUAGUUUUGUCUAUACUGUGAUUGAAUAAAAAAUAUUGUACAGCAAUGAUUUAAUUGCUUUGAAAUAACUUAGUUAUAUAACUUAAAGCUUGUGUAUUUUAUUUAUGUGUGAUACAGUAAUUUAGGAUGUACGAAAGCCUUAGAGUGAUACUGUUUAAAGUGUAUAUGUAUGUAUAUGUUGUCUAAUUCGUCA